UCUAUAUAUACACAAUACUCAUUUCUUCAUUCAACCAAUAUCAACUCUUUCACCAUAUGAACUUAAGAUUCUCUCUCCCACCAAAAUAGUUGCUCAUUUCAGCUCGAUUUGUACAAGAAUGGCCAUGCGACAAAUGCUGAGACGGUCUUUAUCUAGCGAGAGAAGAUCAGCUUCAUCAAGAAAUGAGGUUUCAAAGGGCCAUGUUGCUGUCUAUGUAGGGGAGAGUGAUAAGAAGCGUUUUGUUAUUCCAUUGUCGUAUUUGAACCACCCUUCAUUUCAAGAAUUGCUGUUUCAAGCUGAGGAAGAAUUCGGGUUCAAUCAUCCCAUGGGCGGCGUCACCAUCCCCUGCAAUGAGGACUUAUUCAUUGACGUCGUCUCUGCCUUCAGCAGGACAUGAUGAUAUAACAGAAAUGUUUUAGGAGAAGCACAUUUUUGUAGAUCAACCUUUAGAAAUGUAUGUAAUGACAAGAUAUGAAUAUACUUAGCCAUUUUCAGAUGAAAAA